AUUUAUCUUACAAAGUACACUUCUUAUCUGUAGGCAAUAGGAAAUAAAAUAUGUCAUCUUUUUUCAGAACCAUGUCUAAGGAUACAGACAAAGCAUCAUUAUUCUCCAUCUUACGGUCUAACGACGUUGCGGCACUGAAUGAAUGGCUUAAUACGUCAGGAAUGAACUCUAAAACUGUGUACGAACUAUUAGGAGGGGUUUACGAGGAACUUCAUCUAAGGAAUUUUCCCCUUUCACCAGAGACGAGGUUUGAAGUUGAAUGGAAACUAGUAGAAUUACAAUUUAGUCAAGGUUCUUGCAAAUCUGAGACUAGCGACUUUAAAAAUUUUAAAUCCACCAAGAUUCAUUUGGACAUAACAUGUCAGCACAUCGAACAAUUUCUGGGCAAAUACCAACAACUUACUCCAAAAAUAGAUUUAGCCUUUGUUGUUGAUGCCAAAUUUGUAGCACUGCAUCUGUCUGUACUUAAAAAUCGACUACCUUUCUCGUACAAGAAACUGCCCUGGCAAGAGAUGGAAUUUCUAUUAGUAAUCUUCAUAUUAGUAAUUACCAAGACUUAUGAACUGGACGUUACUUAUGGAUUGUUAGUGGAUUAUGCUUUAGUAAGGAAACAACUUGAACAUUUCUUGAACGAGUUAAAAGAACUUCAAAUUUGGUUUACACGGGAAGAUGCUUUGAGCAAUUCAAAAUCGGACAAGGAGCAGCUCAACGCAAUUAAUGAGGAAUUAAAAAAAUUAAAUGUUAAAGGUCUAACAGGCAGAAAAGGUAAUAUGCAGGUAAUUCUUAAGAAUUCGCCCCAAUUUGAUGACCUCUACAGUCAUUUCAAUGUAGUAAGGGAUAUUUAUUCGUUAAAUUGCAUACAACAUUACCUAGAUAUAUCCUCAGCUGUUGAUCUCAAGCAGGAUUUUCUAAUUGGGUCGCUGGUAAUUCAAAGAGCUUUUCAGGUCAUCGGAGAAUACCUAAAAGAUGAAGCGGACUCUCCAAAUAGCUCUUCUGAUCUCUAUUUUAUUCUCGUAAAACUUGUUUCUAAAAAUCUACGCAAGACAAUGCAAGAUCUGAGAAAUACUUUAUCACAUUCCCAUGGCCUAAACAAACGGAUAGAGAUUGAAGAAUUUAAACAUAGGGAUGCAUUUUCGAACAUUCAGUUGGAAUUAAAAGGAAUAAGCAGGGAAAUUGUUCGAGUGCUGUACCAAAGAAAGACCGACGGAUUGAUCAUGUUCUUGCGAAAACUGGAUUCUGAUAUAACUAUGGAAAAAGUGCAAGAUUUGGAUUCUCGAAUAGAUAUUAGCAAGAUCGGCAAACUGAAAGUAAGUGAAAUCCUUAACUUAGAUCACAUAAAAUCUUGGCUUACUAAUUUUUGGCAAGAAGUGAAAGAUCACGUACCGGAUCCAUCGCACAUUGCUGAGGUGUUUCAGAUACUUCGUAAGGCUGAAUCCGAGAUUCAAGAAACAGCUACUUCAUACCAUUCUACUCUUAAACAUAUUAAACAUAUGUUGUCAUUAAAAGAUAUAAACAUCAUCAAAAAUAUAGGCAGGACUUAUUUGGGUAACUUGCAAAAUAAAGAACUCUCCGGAAUUUUCGAGGAAAUGUUUGGUUUGCUUCAUCAAAUUUAUUUGACUUAUAAAACAAAUAGAGGAUUUAAUGUCAAGGACACAAAAACCGCCGACAAAAAGCUUAUUAAUACAACAAAGAUUAUGCUAGUUAUUCAUGAGAGUCUAAAAUGGAACUUGCACAAGAUAUCAUGGAUUGAAAAUAUUCACAAAGAAUUGGAGGUUGAAAAAGAUCAUUUCUUUAAAGAUAUAGUAGAUACCUGGUUCAAGCAAAUAAAAAAUGAGCUAAAUGCUAAGGGAAGCAACGGAGGAGAUAUUUUUUAUGACGAAAUAUUAAAGCAAAAAAGGAUGCACUAUCUAAGAACAACACUUUUAAGUAAUAUGAAUAAUAAAGAAUUUUUAAAAAUUUUAAAUGAAGAAGAUGAAAAAGAACCUAUGAGUUUAGAUAUGAAGAAAAUGAUCACAAAAUUUUACAACAAAAAGAAGUCGGCUGAUUUGAAACGGCGAAUAGAGCAAAUUCCGAACUACUAUGGGUCGUUGAUUAAAAAUCUUGUUGAUCCAAAAGUAAAUAACCUGCGUGUACACAUUGAAUAUGUGCACAGCUUCCUCUCAAAAAUUCAACUUAAAAACUACACAGUUAAUUCAGAAAACUCAAUUAUUGACAGUGCUAAAUCUUUAAGCCAGAACAUAAUCAUUAAUGACUUGAAAAGUAAUUACACCAAAAGAUUGCUUGCGCUCAAAAACAUUCACACGCAGAUCAGUUCAUUCAAACUUCAGGAAGUUAGUGAAACUUUGGUGGUGGCAUUAGAGAUGUUACUCCUUGAUUUAACAGAAUGUUUAAACAAAAUUGGUUGCUUGGUAGAUAAUGCAACAUUUCUGGUGGAACAAUUACCUAUUCUCGGGGGAAAGCAGUUAAGGAAUCAUUUGGCUCACGGAAAUAUUACGACCCACAUUUUGCCUUACAAUAUCCGUAUACCAUUAUUUGUAUAUGCUACAUAUCUCAUGGAAAUACCUGUAGAUAAAUUGAUAUCGUUAGAUACAGUGUGGUCGUUGGGACUGAACUGCGAUUGGUUCAAUGAAAGCAUGGAAAAAUAUAUUGGCCGAUGUCAAAAUAUUGUUGAACAACAAGAUCAUUUAUUUGGCUCAAUAGAAAGAAGUUGUAAUGAUGUAGCAAUUGAGUUAAUGAAAUCUGGUGCCGAAACUUAUGCUGCCGAUAUGAAUUUGAAUACAGGCUUGGACAUUGCAAUACUGCAUGGAAAUCAACGUUUUUUUACUUAUAUUGUGUCAAAUAAUCUUAGGAUUGAAGACAUAGUUCAACAUGUCAAUCCAAGAAAUAUUGUGAGGAAUUUUGAGGUUUUUAGGUAUUUAUUGCAACAUUCUUAUAUAACAGCAUCUUCAGCUUUUGAACAUAAUAAAACCCUUCUUCAUUUGGCCGCUGAAGUAGGACAACGCGAUACACUAGAAUAUCUCAUAGACAAUAAUUUAGUAAAUGUAAAAAGCAAAACAACUUUUCAAGAAACUGCCUUUCACUUGGCAUCAAAGAAUGGGUACAUUGAUAUCUUUCAAAUUCUGACUCAUUGGGAUUUCGAUAUUGAUGAAAAAACGUUGCCCAAUGGUUCCACAGCAUUACAUCUCGCAAUCGAAAACGGUCACUAUGAUAUUGUUGUCGAAUUGGUUAAAAGAAAUGCCGAUUGUUUACAAAAAACCGCUGACGAUUUCACUCCAUUGCAAUUGGCAAUACGUGCAGGAUACGAAGAUAUAGUUGCUUUAAUUUUCAACACCUCUAAGCAAAAUAUGAAGGAAGAAGAAACCCUUGAUGCUCUGAUGCUUGCUUCAAAGUAUGGCUUAAAAGACGCAGUUCAAAUCCUGCUUAACACCGGCAUAGAUGUGAAUUCGAAAAAUGACGACGGCAUAACAGCAUUAUGGACGGCUGCCGCAUUUGGACAAGCUCAUAUAACAAAAUGGCUGCUAAGUCAACGUGCAGACGUUAAUUUACAGAAUGGUGUUUGUAGUACGGCUUUACAUGUGGCAAGUCGAUAUGGCCAUCUAGCUGUGGUUGAUUGCUUGAUCAGUUUCAACGCUGAUGUAAAUGCUUGCAAUAAAGGCAAUCACACGCCUCUACAUUUUGCAUUUGAAAACAAUAAUAUAGACAUAAUAGAAAAGUUAGUGGCAUGUCCAACCAUAAUCGUAAACCCUUUCAGUAUAGAAGGAAUGACCCCAUAUCAUGUCGCUGCAGAAAUUCAAAAUCCGGGAUCACUAAAAUGGUAUAUAGAAAAGUUUCCGGAGUACAUAGAUAUUUGCACCCAAGGUAAAAAGGCAACUGCCUUACAUUUGGCUGCAGGUAAAGGACUUUUAGCUUCAGUUCAAUUAUUACUAGGUCAUAAUGCAAAUGUGAAUUCGCUGACAGCUGAAAAUGCAACACCACUACAUUGGGCUAUCCAACGACAUGGUUAUAAAGAAAUUGUGGAGGAGCUGAUCGCAAAUAAUGCAGAUCCAAAUUCAAAAAAUGUAGAUGGAGCCACUCCAUUACAUGUGGCAGUACUUAACCAGAAUGAAGAUAUCUUCCAGAUUUUGCUGAAUCACCGUGCGGAUGUGUCAUUGUGCGAUAAUACGAAAUUUACUCCUUUGCACACAGCUUGUAUGAAUUCAAGUGUAUUUAUUGUAAAAGAGUUAAUUCUCAAAGUCCCUAAUGUUAAUAUCUUGGACGACAAUAACUCCACCCCGUUGCACCAUGCAGCAUCCAAAGGAUUUUUAGAAGCUGUACGAUUGUUGUUAGAAAAUGACGCUGAUUCCAACCAUGUAAAUUUACAAAAUAAUUCUGCCUUGCAUUUGGCAGCUUUCAAUGGAUAUCAGAAUAUUGUUCAGUUGCUGGUUGCACAUUCAGCAGAGAUCAAUGCUCGUAAUAGUUUGAAUCAAACACCCAUUCUGAUGGCAAUUGAGAAACUUCACCAAGAUGUUGUUAUGUUUUUAUAUAAGGAAGGGGCCGACAUUAGUCAGAAUGCUGAUGACUAUAAACUAAACGGAACCUCUAUUUUAAUCAGCGCACUUCAAAAGAAAAGUGAAAUCAUAGCUAAAUUGAUUCUUGAAAUUCCUAACAUAGCAAUAGACGUUAAUGCUACGACUGCAUCAGGUGAUACGGCUUUACAUUUAGCAUGCAGUAACGGAUUCACCGACUGUGUUGAAAAGUUAUUGAGUUUUAAUAUCGACAUUAACGGAAAGACGAAAAACGGUUUAACCCCGUUACACUACGCCGCUUAUAGGGGCUAUGACAGUAUUGUGAAGAAACUUGUCUUGAAAGGUGCUCGAGUGGAUGAAAUGGCCAAUAUCGCAUACCCAACAGCUUUUAGUUGCGCUGUGGCAAACGGUAAUACAAAAGUAGUUGAAUUUCUAUUAGAACAUCAACCUGAUGUAAAUGUGCAAUGUCAUCGCUCCACAACCCCCUGCAAGUUGCUAUUCUAAGUGGAUUUCCAGAAAUAGGAAAACUCCUUUUAAAAUGCGACCGAACUGUCGUUAGCACAGCAACUGAUGACAAUAGUAACGUAUUGCAUUUUAUUGCCUCAAAGGGUUACAUGGACGUUCUGAAUUUGUUACUCAAUUACAAUAUUGAUAGCAUCAUUAACGAAGCCUCUACAACCACCGGCGAAACACCCUUGCACUGCGCUGUAAAAACAGGCCAGAAAGAAAUUGUAAGCAUUCUUCUGGAAAAUGGUGCCGACAGCUCACUGAAGGAUAAGAAGGGACUAACAGCCAAAGAUAUUGCCAUACUUUCGGAAUUUCAAGAAGUUGCACAAUUGUUUUAAUUUGUAUGUUUGUUAAUAAAUUAAUAU